AUCACAAAUCAAUGUGCCACUGCCACCCGCGUAAAUCCACAAAAGAACAGAGUAAUCCGUUCACAUAAAGCAACCAACAUAUCACUUCAUCUUUCCAAGAUUUCAAAAUUAAAGAUUACCCAUUUGUAUUUCAAUGCUUUUUUAUACACAAGUUCAUGACUUUGUGGUUAAUUUUGUGUUUUCUCAAAGAAAGAUCAAAACUUUCUAUACAAGUUCAUAACUUUAUGGUUAAUUUUGUGUUUUCUCAAAGAAAGAUCAAAACUUUUCAUUCAAGUUCAUGAGUUUAUGGUUAAUUUUGUGUUUUUUCAAAGAAAGAUCAAAACUUUUAUAUAAAAGUUCAUGACUUUAUGGUUAAUUUUAUGUUUUCUCAAAGAAAGAUCAAAUCUUUUUAUGUUUCCAACAAUACCCUUGUUUGAUUUUCAUGUUUGUUGAAUUUUAAUCACAGUUUUAUCUGAAUCUUGAAAGAAAGAUAAGGUGUUAUGAGCAGGGAUAAUAAAAGAUAAAAUGUGGAUCUUGUGGGAAAUUGGAACUAGGGUUUAGCAGAGGAUUUGAUUUUAAGUUUGAAUUUGUAAAGAUUUUAUAAAAAUUGAAACUUUAGUGAAAGUUCUUUUUGGGUGUGUGUGAUUGGGAUAAGAAAGAGGGGAGAAAGUUGACUUUUUCUUCUAUCAGUUGACUUGAAGAAUAAAGAGACAAUUGCAUAACAAAGCAAGCAUUUUUCCAACAUGGGUUCUCUUUGCACCAAGCUUCUUCCUUGUUGUCUAGCUUCAUCGCAAGAUUCAUCGGUUACCGAAGAUCCGAAAGCUGGGAACAAGGAUGAGGAUGCGAGUGACCCGAAUGCAUUUAAAGAAUUCACAUUGGAGCAACUUAAAAACGCGACAUCUGGUUUCGCUGUUGAGAACAUUGUUUCUGAGCAUGGUGAAAAGGCUCCAAAUGUCGUUUAUAAAGGGAAGCUCGAGAAUCAAACGCGGAUAGCUGUAAAGCGGUUUACUGGAUCUGCUUGGCCUGAUGCUCGACAAUUUUUGGAAGAAGCAAGAUCUGUGGGGCAGCUGCAUAACGUUCGGCUGGCGAAUCUUCUUGGUUGCUGCUACGAAGAUGACGAGAGGCUACUUGUUGCUGAAUACAUGCCCAAUAACACACUCGCCAAACAUCUUUUUCACUGGGAAUCACAACCGAUGAAAUGGGCGAUGAGGUUACGCGUUGUUCUACAUCUUGCAGAAGCUCUUGAAUAUUGUACGAGUAAAGGUCGUGCUCUUUAUCAUGACCUCAACGCUUACCGUGUCUUGUUUGACGAGGAAGGUAAUCCAAGACUUUCGUGUUUCGGGCUUAUGAAGAAUAGCAGGGAUGGGAAAAGUUAUAGUACUAAUCUUGCAUUUACACCACCCGAGUAUUUGAGGACUGGGAGGGUGACGCCAGAAAGCGUCAUAUAUAGUUUCGGGACUCUUUUGCUUGAUCUUCUUAGUGGGAAACAUAUACCUCCUAGCCAUGCUCUUGACUUAAUAAGGGACCGAAACCUUCAAAUGCUUACGGAUUCAUGUCUAGAGGGACAAUUCUCUAAUGAUGAUGGAACCGAGUUGGUGCGUUUGGCUUCUCGUUGUUUACAAUAUGAACCCCGAGAGCGUCCAAAUCCAAAAUCGGUAGUGGCUGCUCUUAUUUCUCUUCAAAAGGAGACCGAGGUUCCUUCAUACACUUUAAUGGGAAUUCAAACAACUACUUCGUUCUCACCUCGAUCUCCACUUGGUGAAGCUUGUUUAAGAAUGGAUUUUACUGCAAUUCAUGUGGUCAUGGAAAAGCUUUCGUAUAAAGACGACGAAGGACAAACAACCGAGCUCUCAUUUCAAAUGUGGACUGAUCAAAUGCAAGAGUCACUAAACUCGAAAAAGAAGGGUGAUGCUGCAUUUCGACACAAAGACUUUACAACCGCAAUUCAGUGCUAUACCCAAUUCAUUGAACAUGGACCAACGGUAUCUCCAACUGUAUACGCUAGGCGUAGUUUAUCUUACCUUAUGAACGACAUGCCUCAAGAGGCGUUAAGUGAUGCCAUGCAAGCGCAAGUCAUCUCACCCGUGUGGUACAUUGCUUCAUAUCUACAAGCCGCCGCACUUUUCGCCCUUAAAAUGGAAACCGAAGCCCAUGUGGCACUUAAGGAGGGUGCCACCCUUGAAGCCAAGAAAACCGGACUCACUACACAUGGACAAUGACCAAGUUGUUGCCGUUGUAGCAUACUGUAAAUCUUUGGUAUUUAUACUGGAUCUUUGUAUCUUUUAAAUGAAGUAUGAGAUUGAGAACCGAUGAAAGAUGGUUCGGUUCCUUCGUAUGUGUCGAAAUGACGCUUUUGCCCUUGGGUUUUAUGUUGAUUUUUUUGGUUACAUGGUUCUGAUAGUAAAGCAAGCAAGAACUCACAUUUGUAGUUUGUUUACAUAAUGAACAUUUUUCCCUCUCUUUGUU